AUGGAGAGUGAUUUGGUGGCUCAGUUCACUGAGAUCACCGGUGCGACGCCCGAGCUGGCCACACAGUACCUGCAGCUCGCCGAUUUCGAUAUCCAACAGUCCAUGCAGCUGUUCUUCGAAAAUGGAGGCGCCCCAUUGACCGAAGAACCUGCUCCGCCACCACCUCGUACUCGCUCCGAGGAUGAAGCUGGAGUUAUUCAUAUCGACUCAGAUACCGAUGACGACAAUCAAACUGCCCGCGCCCAGGCUUCCACACAAGCUGCGGGAGGAUCAACAUUUGAGGAUGACGCCGCCAUGGCCCGUCGCCUGCAAGAAGAGAUGUACGGGGGUGGUGCCGGUGAUAUCGGUGGCGAUGACGAGGCCGUGCGGGCUCCCAUGGCGCGUACAACCGAGACACUGGUGGGCCCUGAUCUUGAUUUCGGUGAUGAGGAGGAUAUGCACACCAACAUUCUGAGCCAGCUGCGCGCUCGUCAAAGAGGCUCUGGUCGCGCGGGCAUCUUCAACCAGAGAUCUGCACCAUCAAUAUGGGCCGGCGAUUCAGCAGAGACACACCAGGAACGGUUAUCGAUGGCCACGGGAGGUGCAUCAGAGGCAUCCUCCAAGUCAAAUCUGCUCGCCGAAAUGUACCGACCGCCGUUCGAAAUCAUGUCUCGGGUGCCUUGGGACGUAGCUCGUGAGGAAGGGCGCGAGAAUGAGAAGUGGCUCCUGGUCAAUGUACAAGACACUUCAAUUUUUGACUGCCAAGUUUUGAACCGCGACCUCUGGAAGGACAAGACCGUCCAGGAGACCGUUCAGGAACAUUUCAUCUUCAUGCAGUUCUCAAAGGAUGAUCCUAAAGCCGCGCCCUACCUCCAAUACUACUUCCAAGCGAGCGACGUUUCCGAUAACUACCCCCACAUUGCGAUUGUUGACCCCCGAACCGGCGAACAGAUGAAGGUGUGGUCCGGCCCACCAGUCAUCAAAGCCCCCGAUUUCCUGAUGCAACUCCACGAGUUUCUGGACCGCUACAGUCUGAACCACAAUGUGCGCAACCCUGUUGCGAAGCGCAAGUCGGAGACGAAGGAGAAGACUGUGGACGCAAUGACGGAGGAGGAGAUGAUGGAGAUGGCGAUCAACAACAGUCUUGGGGGAGGGAUGGCAACUGGACCGAAGCUGGAAGAUCCCGACGACCUGACCCGAAGUACCGAAGAUAUCAAGGGAAAGGGUCGGGCAACUGGUGCCCAUGGUCCUGCCAUGGAUGAGACAUAUCCCGAAGCUGCCGAAGAAGUUGAAGCAUCCCCAUUCUCGUCCAUUCCCAGCAAUCGACCACAUGCUGAACCCGAAGCCGACCCUGCUACUACCACCCGUAUUCAGUUCCGUCAUCCCUCCGGUCGUGUUAUUCGACGCUUUGCACUGUCGGACCCAGUCCAACGCAUCUAUGAAUGGCUCAAGGCUGAUCCUCCCCUGGAAGAUAAGGCCGGUGUCGAGUUUGAGCUGAACGCUAUGGGACAAAAUUUGAUAGACAGCCUCUCUACGAGUAUUCAAGAUGCGGGACUGAAGAAUGGAACGGUCAUGAUAGGCUAUCUCGAAGAGUGA